AUGGCCGACAACGUGCCGCCGUCUUCGAAACAACGCGUCGUUCUCAAUCCGGCAGAUUGCGACCUAGGUUUCAACAUUGAAGGCAAUGGGCUUUUGGGCUCUUCCCUAUACGAGCAGAGAUUAGCUUAUUGCUGGUUCGGUGCUCGAGCCAAUGUGGGUGUAACUGGUGGGAAGUAUUGUUUCGGUUGCAAAGUGGUGUCGUUCCAAUCUGUUCAAAUGGAGGACACUGACCCUGAAGACCGGAAUCUUUGCCGGGUUGGUAUUUCUAGAGGGGAUGAUGUGGUGGGAAGCCUAGGGGAAACAAGUCACAGCUUUGGGUACGAGAGCACUGGAAAAUUCUGGAAUAUAAAUGCUACUAGGUCUCCGUGCUAUGGCGAGAAGUUUGGGGUUGGAGAUACUAUUGUUUGUGCCGUCAAUCUUGAAGAAAAGCCCUUGGCUUCCAUUUCUUUUUCCAAGAAUGGAAAGUGUUUGGGUACGGCGAUGAAGUUCAAUGCGGUUGUGGAUUCGAAGAAUUUUCAGUGGGAAUCUGCCUUUUUCCCUCACCUUCUGUUGAAAAAUGUGGAGGUGGAGUUGCAGUUCAGUGUUGAAGAUGGACUUGUUCCUGAAGAUGGUUUUAAGCCUUGGGCGUCUGCUCUUGGGGAUGGAAAUGCGAUUGUGGGACCGGUUUUUGAUGAUCCAAAGGAUUGUGAAGUGAUGAUGAUGGUGGGUAUGCCUGCCUCAGGCAAAACAACUUGGGCAGAGAAAUGGGUGAAAGACCACCCAGAGAAGCGAUAUGUUUUCGUUGGUAUAAACAUGGUUUUUGACCAAAUGAAGGUGCCAGGGCACUUGCGUAAGCAGGUUAAGGAGAGUGAUGAUGACCCAUAUCGUCUCGAACUUCUGCUAAUUAAAGCAUGUUAUAUCUUAGAUAGUCUUUCAUCCAGAGCAACCGUCAGAGCAGCCACCACUCCUCGCAAUUACGUUCUUGAUAGCACAUAUCUAAAGAAGGGUGAACGUCAGAAUGAACUUAGGCAGUUCAAUCUGUUCAAGAAGAUUGCUGUUGUGGUGUUUCCAAGCCCCGAAGAGGUGAAGGCUCGUUUGCUGCAAAGAUUUGAUGAUUUGGGAUUUUUGGUACACGCUGAAAUAAUGAAUGAAUUGUUGGGCAAUUUUGUUUUACCUGUCAGCAAGGAUGUGCCUUGUUCAGAUGAGCUUUUUGAUGAGGUUAUGUUCGUGGAACUCAACAGAGACGAAUCACAUAAACUUUUAGAGGAGAUGAAGCAGGAAGAAUCUGAUUUGAACUCAAAUGACUCUUCGCCGUAUUCCUGCAAAAACUUUGACGAGUCUUAUCCUUUUUCACCAAAUUAUGGGGAGAGAGAGGAGAACUUGAAUGUGAAUGGGAAGUAAAAUGCUAGAAAGGCUCCAAAUUCGAGCAACAUAAUUGCAACGAAAAAAUUAAGU